AUGCCCCAGGCCUGCGGACCAGAGAGCUGCCGGUCCCAGAGAGGCUGAGGGUGGAUAACAGUUACCUCUCGGGGUCGACAAGCUUGGAUCCCAGCGAGCUGACAGUGACGGAGGCCCCCGACGACAGGCUGGCGAGGGCCAGAUACCCCGAGCUGUCAGAUGAGAUGGGCCUCCGCGUGCUGUGGCAGUCUGGAGACCUCGACCCCUCGGAAUCGCCCUCGGCCCUCUCCACCGUCUCGGCCCUGUCGGCGCUGAGGGGCAGCAGGUACUCCCGGAGGAGAAGGCCAAUGAGGCUGACCGACAGCGAGGGCCUCACGAGGGACAGCAAGGCCACCACCAACCAGGAGGAUGACUAUGAGUCAUCAGUAGACGAGCGCGAUAUCAACGAGGAUGUUUCUGGGAACGUGAGGUAUGAAAGGUCAAAUGACCUGGAGCGACAUCAACGCUGCUUUCAAGACCUUCUCAGUGACCUGCAGAGAGAGAACAUGAACCUGCAGUCUCUGUGCACCACCCUUACUCAAGAGAAGGCCCACCUUGCUAGCACUGUGCUGGAGAUGAGGGACAAACUACAGAGCUCCAGCCAGGAGAGCCUUGCACUGAAACUCCAACUCGACGCUGUGCGGGAGGAUAAAAGGCUGGGAGUGGAGAUGAGAAACGUCCACGGCAAACGUCAAGAUAUGACGAUGGAAGAGAGAGCCCAGGUCGCAGAGCAGGAG